AAUCCCUCUUUGAAUAGCUGCUAGUCGAGGCUGUUGCAGGGAGGGAGCUCCUGGGCAAGUCCAGGAGCCAGGUAUAUUGAGAUCCUCUGAUGUGGUCUGCCUCCAAUGACCUGAGUGCUCUCAUCUUCUCUGUUUACCUGUCAUAAAAAUGAGUUGGGAACAGAGAUGUCUGUCACGGGGGAGGUUAGAGGGAGAUCAGGAAUACCACAGUGAUGGAUAGUGCAGCUGAAGCUGUUAACUAUCACUCUGCUGCCUGGAGAGGAGACUUGCUCGAUGCCUAUGGGUAGAGGAUUGGCACUGCUUGUGCCAUAAAAUAGUGCUGGAUGUGACAAGUAGCUCCUCUCCUGUGUCUGCUGGGGGACACUGGGAAGGGGGAAUUAGGACAUGACCCACAUUUCCAGUCCUUGGCAAAGGGCUCCUUUCACUUAGGUUUUGGUGUGCUUUGUGCUGGACUGUAGGACCUGCUGUCUAAUCCCAGUGCAGCCAGAGACCUGCACAUUUUGCUAAGCAUCUCAAGACAUGAAUUAGUUUCCAUUUCUUGUUUCUCCCUAACCUGGGAAUUCAGCAGUCCCAAACCUAUUUGGGUCCUGACCCUUACAACCAAUUAUUUAAAGUGACCCAAAUGUUAGCACAGAUGCCUCUAAAUCCCUCAACCACAGAGUGCUGCUUGGAGCUGCUGCGAUCCCCUGUGUGCAGAACACUGAAGGCAAAAGCUGAAUUUGAAGAUGUCUGCAGGAAGAGUUUCUGCCUGUGCGAAGUGUGCAUGAGAGGGAGAAGACUGAGUACCCAGAUAGGUGCUAAGCAGGCUGGAUAACCUUUAUCUCUUUCAGGUGUGGGAGUGUCCAGGUGCAGGUAUUGAGGCUCUGCCUUAUGCUCCCUCCUCUCACAGCUAAAGCACUUCUGAGCAUGAAAUGGUGUGACUGAGAGCAACUUUGAGCUGAGUUCCCAAACAAAACUCCCCAGGACUAAUGGGGAGAGAGGCUUUAAUUAGAAAAGACCUCCAGCCUUCUGUGUGCACCAGAGCCGAUUGAUUACAACCCACUGAGUUGCUGAAAGACACUGGCUAGGUCAAUGUGCUGAAUGCCCUUCUUGCCUGAAGCCAGCACUGUCUCUGAGCUGUAGAGCUGGCAACUGUGUGCAGUUUUUCCCCAUCCUCCCCACCCCCUUGCCGAGGCUCCACAUCCUCUCUGGCAGCUUGUCACUUCUCUGCAGAUGUCUAGACAGGAGGAUUCAGUGCGUGUCAGUUAUGCCUAAUUCAUUAAAAAAACCCAAACCCUACCGAGAGCUGGGGAUUCUCAGUCCUGCAGACUCAGCGCUGUCUGCGGUGCCCUGUGCUGCCUUGAGGCCAGCUCAGAGCAGAUUAAUUCCCCGGAUUGUCAGGAGCAGCACGCACCUCGCGCUCCCAUCCGUAGCAGAGGGGCUUGGGGAAUAGAAGGCAGACGUGGUCAGGGGCAGUGCUGGCAGCGGGAGCAGAAGAGGGAGGAGAGGUGGUGAAGAGAAAUGUUGGGGGCUGAGGGGCAUGCUCCUAACCUCUCCGUGCGGCUCACCCCCGCUGUGUGGUUUUGGCGUCCUCCGCUGUGUCCGUUGGGAGCUGGCAGGGGGGUACAAGGUGUCCGAGUCCUCACUCUGGCUGUCUGAAACUGCCAGCUUCAUAAUUCUAUUGUCCCUCUUGCCACCUCUGAAGGCAGAGCUGGUGCCAGGAAUGACAGCUCCCCUUGCCCCGUUAAGUCACAUUUCCAUCAACAUUUGCAGUCCUGACCUCUGUAUAGGUGCAGCUGUAAAUCAGCCGUCACAGUAACAAUGACUGGACCUGCAAUUCAGAGCAUCUAGUUCACUUGCUAGUCCUGAACUAUUAGGUCCCUCUGCUUCCUCACAAUUUCUGGCUCUUCUAGGCUGAGCACGCAAUUAACUUGAUAUUAAAAAGACUGAAUUUGAGCUGCUGCACACUGACGGUGUCUGCUUGAAUUCCCUGGAUGCAGGUAAAGUGUUAUAGGGGCUAAGAAGGGACUGAACCCCAAAGUGUUGUAUUGAGGGGAUGGUUUUCUGUCUGUAUCAGUGAUGCGCAUGGAACAGAUCCUAGUGAGGACAAUUGCCUAGAUUUAGUGCCUGCUUUGCAUCUGAGUCCUGGGCAUAUAUAACUGGAUGAUUUCCCGUCCUCUUCCAUUUUUCAUUUCCCCAUAUUGUGGGGAAGGGAGCAGGAAAGGUAGGGAUGCAAUAUAUUUUGUAAUGGGCAGUGCCAGGCCCUCUGAAAGAAGCAAGAAUUUGGGAUAUCCAAGUUUGAGGUGUAAGGGCAGGUAGUGUAUAACUGCUGUAGCUUGUGAAAACAGCCCUGGUGUCUUAGACAUGCUUACUGCAAGAGGAUUAGUGUUGCAAAAAUACUGCUAGUCUGGUAUUUUAUAACUUCUCUUUAGAUGUUGGCUUCAGAGCUACGGACAGGGUUCGACAAAAGGGAUAGCUCAGCCAAAUUAACGGGGUCUGCACAAAGCAAUAAGGAAGAUGAACAUUUGCAGGCCUGCAGAGUACUCGGCUCCAUCUCUGGAUGCUGGUACGAGCUGUGUUAGUGGUCUUACUUUGCAACAGCACAACAGCCGCUAUUGUUCCUGCCGGCUCAGCUAUUUGUGUCCCUUGACUGUUGAAGGGAAGGAAGAGAGCACAGGAGCACAUCUCGUUCCCAGCCCUGCUCCCAGGAGGAAAGAAGCCACUUGUGCUGUGUGUGCACCCACGCAGCUGGGCAGGGGCUUGCCUGUGCCUCCCCAGCCUGCCGGGGUCUAGUCCUGCCCUGAGCUUUAAUGUGUACUGCACGUUUCAGUUCUUUGGGGGAAUGCUGAAUUGCAGGAGGCUGCUUACUGUCAAAUGGCCCGUGACUCCUCUCGGAGGGGUUAAAAAUAAAAAUUCUGAUUUCUGGUGCAGGGGAGAUGGAGAUGCACGUGGAAGCAGCGAUUCCUGCCUGUGACUCCACUGCCAAGCUCCUCGUUCCCCAGGGGUCCGUGCUGCUGCUCUGCCCCAGGAUGAGCUUUGCUGUGCUGUUUUAGAGGGCACUGCUUCGGCUCUGCUGCUCAGCACGGAGAUUUGGAGCUGCUGGGCACAACAGAGUCGUGCUGCCAGCAGCCCCUUCCUGCCUGGGGACAGAGCCAGGGGAGGUCUGCAGGCAAAAAACAGACUUUGUGGCUGGGAGAUGGACCCCUAGCGCCAAGGAACGGGGGAAAGCACUUCCCUGAAAGGGAAAUUGGCAACAUGGUGCCACCUUAUUGACCUAAUUUGUGCUGCUCUCUGCUCUGCUAGUGCUGUGAAACACUGGGGUAGAGGUGAGUGAAGGACUGAAUGUCUUAUCCUGAAGGUCUAAUAGCAGCACUUCUAUGGGAGACACAGUGCUGCACACAAAACAGGGCUUCAUAGCUGAUUUACCAGAAAACAGAUACUGGAAUAUCAACAUAGAGGUAGGGCACAUGUGGAAGUGAUGGAUUUAAGCACAAUUGUGUGUCAGGCCUUAGAGUAGGGGAUGUCACCUUAUCCACAGCAAAGACUCAUCCCCAACAUCUGACCAGCUGUACAGGAUGUGUCUUUGCAGUCUCCUAGCUAGCCUGGCGGACACAAAAUCUCCAUCCAGGCUGUCAACAAAAAGCCAUUCUCCAGGGCCUUCCUGGGGAAAGGGCAGGCUCUGAACUUUUCCCUGGAGGAUACUCUGUUCCCUGUUUAUUGCCCAGCACGCUUCUUUUCACUGUCGGCAAAAUAUGGUUUUUUGUGCAAAGAGAACAGACCUCCCUUUGGGCAGGGAUCAUUUGCAUUAAUUAACAGAGCUGUUAUGCAUGGCCACACUCUGUCUCAUAGGAGCCAAACAAACGCCUUCUUUUUUUUGUCAUAACCUAAGAGUUAUUACAAGUCAGCCACCGCAUCCAUUAUAGCUGAUGUGUAACACGUGCACUCGUGCUGCUGCGUGCUCCACAAAAGUGGGCUUGUAUUUACUUCCCGCUGCUGGAGCUCUGGACACUGCUUUACUGUCUCUUGUGGUCCAGGCACUGUUCCUCAUUAAUUAUAUCUUAGCAAUGCUCAUAGACCUUCAUUUCCUGGGAAUGGAGUUUUACAAGGAAAUAUUUAGUGCUGCCAGUGAGAGUUCAGGCACAGGGAGCAGCACAAGCAGCAGUGGGGUGUCCUUUCCCUUUUCCCCCACUGAUUAUAUUCUGACUCAUUAAAGCAAAAGAGCUCUGAUGGGAACAAGUUAUUGUGGAGUGGAGGGGACACUGGGAAGUGGGACUGAAGGGGCUGUAGCCCCUGUGAGCCUUGGGCCAGACCCAUGCCAGUGCUCCCUGUGCUUUAGGAGGGUGACGUUGAGCUGCCCUUCAGGGGAGGGAUUGCCAAGGCUGUAGUGUGGCUGUAGCAAAAAAACAUCAGGCAGAGUUGGUUCGGGCUGCUGGUGGCUCAGGUCAGUUGCAGGUUGUCCUCCAGUGUGGGGAUGCUCUUGGGAGCCCAGUGGCAGUGCGGUGGCUGGGAUGGCAUCUCACUCUGGCCCUGCUCCCUGCUCGGCCACAUCCGAGACCGAGUGACACAGCGGAUCAGGGUGCUGCACAGCGGCGUGGGCAAGGGAGGCACCGGUGACGUUUCAGUGGAGCUCUUCAGAGCUCUGUGAGGUGCGUGCCAGCCCGCACUGGUGGCAGCAGGGGUGUGUGGGUGGAGAGGGGAGCGAGCAAUAGCUGGUCUCUACCUUUUGGCCAUGGGAAUCAUUGCAAGGAAAGAUAAUGUCACCCUUGUCACUCUGCAUUUGUACUUGCCCAGAGUUGUGCAAUGACUCAGUGGCAGGGCUGGGAAGGGAGCCCAGUGUUUCUGACCCUCUUUGGAAAUAUGUUUGAUUACUGUGGUGCCAAUGCAUCAGCUACAGCAACCUUCAGUCCGUAGUGCCCUCUGUGUCUCUUCCCUGACCGCUGGAGACGAGUUGCGUGCUACCCUCUGCCUGGCCAGGGCAGCAAACCUUUCCUCACAAGUCUCUGAAAGCACACAGAGAUGCAGUCCCAUCUUUUUCCUGCUCUUCUGUCCUGUCCUGUGUUGUCCUUCCUGGGUUUUCCUCUGCUGUGGAGCUGGGAGCUCUUAUCCCCUGCUACCAGCACCCAGGAGGGGAGAGGUGAGUGCUCUUAAUUAGAGCUGGGGCAUGACUUAAACACCAACGGGGAGAAGUACGCUCAGCUGUGUGUUGAAAAGAUAAACCAGCUCAAGCAGAUCAGGAGAACCCUCAGGCUUGCAGCUAGGGAAGGGAAUAAAGGUGAGAAAACACUGUCUGCUCUCUGCCACUAAACCAAGUCUGGGAAAGGAGCUUUUGAACCCAGGUAGAGAGGCUAAUAAUUAUAAACCACCUUUGUGCAGGCACCUCUCAUCCAGCAGUGUCCACACGUGAAUUAACACACCAAGGCUGUCCUGGCGACGUUGCAGCUUUCUGAAAAGCUCAGCUGAGGGGUGUGGGAGGAGAAGGCCAGUUAACUCACAGGCUCUUCUUUCCUGUCAAGUGCACAACAGCAUCCUACUCUCGUUACUGGAAAGCAUCAACAGGCAUUGCCUUUGUUGUGUGCCUAUGAGUCUUCCCUGCUGACAGUGAGAUGAGGAAUUUCACAUCACGCGGGAUGAUGCAAAUAGAAGAGGGCAUUGCAGGCUUUUCUCCCACUCAGGAAAGAUGCUUAUUCAUCUUUUUUCCGCCCCCAGACUCUAGUAUAUGAUACAACUGCUAUUUAAAAAGGAAUAGAAGGCUGCAUUCGUGGCUGAGCAGGCACAGCAUGGUGGGUUUCUAUUUUUAGGCUCAGCACGGCUGGCGAUGUGUAGGUGUUGUGAGGAGCACAGCGGCUGAGGGGAUUCUCUCGCCGCAGGGAUGCGGGGGCAGGCGCACGAGUGCAGCACACAGGCUUUUUUCCCUUCAAGCUGCCUUUUUCUCCUGCUCCCUCCCCCUUCUUCAUCCUGCUGCUCAGUCAUUCUGUCUUCACUCCCCCACCUUUUCUUUGGAUGCUGCUGGCAGGGAGACAGUCAAACGCCUUUUGAAACACCGUGAGCAGCUUAGAUGCAGACAGCAUGGAAAGAGAAAACAUCUUUGCACAAAUAAAUGUCCUUAUUCCUUGAUGAGGCAAUUUUGUUUUCUAUGAGCCAGCCGAGUUUAUACUCCUGCUCCCUGCCUGGGCUGUCCCAGACUGUGUGGAAGGACUGUUCCACUCCAUGCUCAGCGGCAUGUAUGUGUGCGUGCAGACCGAGUUCUGCGUUGGGUUCCAGCCGCCUGAUCAGCAUCUCUAGUCUUUGCUGUCUGUCCCUCCUGUCAGCCUUGUCAAAGCAAAACUACCUGAAGUUCCAAGUUACCUCUUGAAGGACAGCCAGGGUGUCAGCUGGGGCUGCUUCCAGGGAGACCCUAGGAGCUCUGCUUUGCCCAAGCUGCCUGCUAGGCUGGUGCAGGACAGGAGUCUGCGGUGCUGGAGCAGGACUGUUGUGUGGUGAGGUUGGAUGUGCCUGGGUAGAGGACACUGGAGGGAAGUGGAGAUCAGGAUUAAUAAAGUGAGUGUUUCCUGCUCCCUAACUGACCACCUGGGAAUCCCCAGUCUCUCUCCAAAAAGAGACCUGAAAGUAAAAUGGCAGGAAGACUUGAGCCCAUGGUCUGCAGGAAUUCUGUACUGGGGCUGUGGAGCUCUGUGAUGCAAUUGCCUUUGCCCUCUGCCUUACCCUCCUGAAUUGUGUAGGCACAGGAAAGCCAGAAGCUCUCUGGGCUUAACUUUUGAAGUCAGGUACAUUCAUGAAAAAUCUCCUAGCAUCUUCUGGAAGCGAGAAGGGAACAGCCAGCACUUGAAAAGCUGUGAUCCAUAAUGUCACUCUUGCCUUUUAAGAUAUGGGCAAGAGUGAUGUUAUGGGAUUCCCUGGUUAUUUUUUGUUUAGGCUACUCAAGUUUGAUGUGUUCACUCUCUCUAGUGGUCAAUUUAAGCUGUGUUUGAUCAAUGCAGGACUGGCAUGUCCCGGUGAGACUUCUAAGAUCAAUGCUUCUGCUGAUAUUGCACGGAAAUGCACUUUGUUAGGCAGAUUUGGAGAUGGUGCAACUUCAAGGAAAGCCAGUCUGAGUGCAUAUGUUGUAGAGCAGUACCCUUCUGAAGGCAGGUAAGCAUCUAUCGGUCCAAAGAUAAACACAGCUGGGAAGCAGUGAGUGUCACAGAACAGAGAAAUCUCAGCAUGGCUUGGUAUUACUUGUGUUCCUUCAGGCACUGUUUCCUCCCGGUCGCUGGUUUAUGAGCAGGAUGAUGUUUCCCUGGCAGGGACUGGUGAGACAGGAGCUGUUCUCACACAGGGUCUUUGAGCAGUGUCGGGUGUACCUGGGGACCACGGGCAUUGUCUGGGGCUGGGGCUGUUCCUGCCUUGGUAACGCUUUGGUUUUCCCCCCAUGUCAGUGCCGGUGAGAAGGCAAAGCCCACCAUCGACCACCCGCAGCCAUGGAAGGGGCUGUGCAGCUCCUCAACCGCGACGGCCACAGCAUCUCCCACAACUCCAAGCGGCACUAUCACGACGCCUUCGUGUGCAUGAACCGCAUGCGUCAGCGUGGGCUGCUCUGCGACAUCGUGCUCCACGUGGGCCCCAAGGAGAUCAAGGCCCACAAGGUGGUGCUGGCGUCGUGCAGCCCGUACUUCCACGCCAUGUUCACAAAUGAGAUGAGUGAGAGCCGCCAGACCCACGUCACGCUGCACGACAUUGACCCACAGGCCCUGGAGCAGCUGGUGCAAUACGCUUACACGGCUGAGAUUGUGGUGGGCGAGGGGAAUGUGCAGACACUUCUUCCUGCUGCCAGCCUGCUUCAGCUCAAUGGUGUGCGGGAUGCUUGCUGCAAAUUCCUACUCAGCCAGCUCGACCCAUCCAACUGCCUGGGGAUCCGGGGUUUUGCUGACACACACUCCUGCAGCGACCUCCUCAAGUCUGCGCACAAGUAUGUCCUCCAACACUUCGUGGAGGUGUCCAAGACAGAGGAGUUCAUGUUGCUGCCUCUUAAGCAGGUGCUGGACCUUAUUUCUAGUGACAGCCUCAAUGUGCCAUCGGAGGAGGAGGUGUACCGGGCUGUGCUCAGCUGGGUCAAACAUGACGUGGACAGCAGAAGACAGCAUGUUCCCAGGCUUAUGAAGUGCGUGCGGCUGCCCCUGCUGAGCCGGGACUUCCUCAUGAGCAACGUGGACACGGAGCUGCUGGUGCGGCAUCACUCGGAGUGCAAGGACCUGCUGAUCGAAGCCCUCAAGUACCACCUCAUGCCGGAGCAGAGAGGGGUCCUUAGCAACAGCAGGACGAGGCCGCGGCGCUGCGAGGGGGCCAGCACCGUGCUCUUUGCCGUGGGUGGGGGGAGCCUCUUCGCCAUCCACGGGGACUGCGAGGCCUACGACACGCGGACGGACCGGUGGCACAUGGUGGCCUCCAUGUCGACCCGCAGGGCCAGGGUGGGCGUUGCUGCCAUCGGGAACAAGCUGUAUGCUGUGGGCGGCUACGAUGGGACCUCUGACUUGGCCACGGUGGAGUCCUAUGAUCCUGUCACCAACUCCUGGCAACCUGAGGUGUCCAUGGGCACCAGGAGGAGCUGCCUGGGUGUAGCAGCACUUCAUGGGCUUCUCUAUGCUGCUGGGGGGUACGAUGGGGCCUCGUGCCUGAACAGCGCAGAGCGGUACGACCCUCUGACAGGCACCUGGACAUCCAUCGCUGCCAUGAGCACGAGGAGACGCUACGUCCGGGUGGCAACUCUAGAAGGCAACCUCUAUGCUGUUGGGGGAUAUGACAGCUCAUCCCACUUAGCCACAGUAGAAAAGUAUGAGCCCCAGGUCAACACCUGGACGCCCAUUGCCAAUAUGCUGAGCCGCCGGAGCAGUGCAGGAGUGGCUGUGCUGGAGGGGAUGCUCUAUGUGGCUGGUGGCAACGAUGGGACCAGCUGCCUUAACUCUGUUGAGCGCUACAACCCCAAAACCAACACAUGGGAGAGCGUGGCACCCAUGAACAUCCGGAGGAGCACCCACGACCUGGUGGCCAUGGAUGGGUGGCUGUAUGCAGUGGGUGGCAACGAUGGGAGCUCCAGCCUCAACUCCAUCGAGAAGUACAACCCCCGUACCAACAAGUGGGUAGCAGCCUCGUGCAUGUUCACACGCCGGAGCAGCGUGGGGGUGGCUGUGCUGGAACUCCUCAACUUCCCACCCCCCUCCUCGCCCACCCUGUCGGUGUCUUCGACGAGCCUUUGACAAAGAAUCAGGACCUACCUUACCUCAAGGGGACAGGGGUGCUUGGCAGAGCACUAGGCCAGCAUGGCCCGCCCCGCGGGGCAGCCGGUCGCUGUAGGAGAGCGAAGGUACCGGCUGCUGCCUCCAGCCCCAGCACUCCUGUGAACCCCCGGAGCUAUCCCCACUCUUGGUGCACACAUCGGAUCAGCACGACCGCAGCAGUUAGAAAUGUGCUUCCUGGACGAGCACCCUCCUUCUGGAGGGCAAGGAGAUGGGCUGCUUUCCGCUCCGUUCAGACUCAUCUCAUCGCUCACCCAAAGAGCGUAUAUUUUCUUUGGGCAGGGGGGAAACUUUAAACCAUUGCUGCUUCUUGGAUUCAUGUGAUCCAGCUGGUGCCACACAUGCGAGCAGAGCCAGCCUUGGAGGCUUCCAGGAGUCCUGUGGGGUGGCAGAGGUGGACAGCACUCCUCCCAAGGACACGGCUGAAUGUGCAACCGCUCCUCUGAAUGUCACUGUAGCCAAACUCUUUACCAAGCCUACUGUGCACUGUUAAAGACUCUGAGGCCACCGUAUGGUUCUCAAUGGUGUCUAAUUGAUGCCUUAAAAUACACAAACAAAAGAAGCCCAGCUAAGGGAGAAGGCCUGGAGGAGAUGAGGUUUGGAGACAAAACUGGAUGCAGCAUCCUGAACCCCUCCAGUGUUUCCAUGCUCAGCUGGCCGCACCUCAGUCACCAAGAUCCCAGCUGACCAUUGCUCUGGGGAGUCCCCAGCCAGGCAGAUGGGUUGAACGACCUUGUUUGCAUCCAUGCCAUUGCUGUCCCAGGUUCAAGUGACUGUGUGGCUGCCUGCUCUCUGCACACGGUCCUGGUUCACAGUUUGGCUGGGAAUGGAUCAGCCCGUUUGCUCUUCCCCUCUCUGCAAAGCAGAAUCUGGGUUUAUGAAAAGGUAUCAGUUCUUAAACAAGAACGGCCCAGCCUUCUAAAUGAGGAGGAUUUCCUGGCAUUACUUUUUUGGGUGUUAAUUUUUUGCCUUUUUUAUUUGAAUGCUAAUAUUUUAUUUUUUAAUGACUUCAUAUCCCUUUAUUUUUUACACUCUCCUGGUAUUCCUGUCCCAUCUGCUUUUAAGGCAGCAGAAGGGAUGCAAUUAUUUUUCUCAUUUGUUGAUGAGAUGAUGACUGUGUCCUGGAAGAUGUUCUCUGUAGAUAUGUGGGGGUGUGUGCAUAUGUGAGAUACUGUAUGUACAGUGAAAACAGCAUGGAAGGGACCAUUUGCAAUUAGUGACUCCCUGGCAAUUAAGCAACCACUUAAAUUAACUAAAGGUUGAAUAAAUUAGUACUGUAAGUCACAGGCCUGUUCUAGACCCACCCGUGCCAUGGAACCUCUUGGGUGGUGUUUUCAAUGCGUAUGCUGUUGGGUGUGUGUAUGAGCCUUGAACGUAUUAUCAGGUGUUCUCCACAUUAUAGAGGAACGACUCAACCACUGGUACCUCAAUAGUGUUCAAAUGUAGCAUUGGAGAUAUGGUCUAACUGUUUGUUUAGAACUAAUUCCUUUAUCCUUUCUCCCCCCACUCCUUCUCAUUUCUCAUUUACAGAGUUCGGAUUUCACGCGUGAUGGUAUUUGUUGGCCUAAAUUUUCAAGUGGCUAGAGAUUUCUUCUUUUUUCUUUGGGGUGAAAGGAGAGUUUGAGAUGAGACAGGGAGUCCCCAGCUUAAGACCAUUUUUACAGCAAUCUGAUUUCUCCUGGAUAGGUGCCUGCAUGUUUUACAAGCCCACUUAGAGUGCCUAACAUUGGACACCUGAAAUUACCAGCAGCUUCUGAAAAUCUGGGCUGCUUCUCCCCCCAGCCUCUCUCUAAGGACAGCCUGGGCUUCUCAGGCUGAGGAGGCCUUUUUGGCUUUUAGAACAGACUCUAAAUCUUCUUUUUGUUCCCCCUCUCACUUGCCAAGCCUCUGCCCCAGCCCAUCACAGCUUGGCAGCUCUCCCAUUCCUCUGUAUUGCAGAGGAUCCUGAAAAUGUCCAGGCUCUGCUCAUGCAGGUUGCCUCUUGGUCAGCGUGACAGUAGAGCUGCCCUAAGUAGCUCAUGUCAAUCUCCCUUGUUCAAAGAAACGAUGAAAUCGGUGAAGCCUGCUCUGUUGCGUGUGUGGGCAUGCAUGUACCUACGCAUGAGCGAGGUGUCAAUCCUUUCCAUCCCUUUCCUGUAAGCAACAUCAGGAUUUUAGUCUUCUGCUGGACUCGUAUUGGCCAGCGCAUUCAAGGUGUCCUUGGUUUUAGGGUUCUCUUUGGUGGAGGAUCAGCCCAAAAGCCCCACGGCCGUGUCAGGGGCAGGGCAGGGCUGGAGAGGAACUGCUGAGGGGAGAAACAGGGCUGAUUUCAAACAAGGAAUGAGUUGUUACAGCAGCGGCUCAACAUCUGGUCCAACUGUGGCUGCUGUAGCACGAAGAGGGGCUGCUGCCUUUUUGGGGGAAAACCAGAGGAGAAGUGAGCAGUGUAGCAGGCCAAGGAGAAUUUUCAUGCCAUGUGCCCUUGGCCCUAGUUGUGACCUUUAGCAAUUUACACUACAAAUGGUGUGCAAUGCUCUCCUGCCUCUUGGGGAUCAGGGAAAUGGGCAGUGUGACUCCUGUGACCCACCGGUUGGGUCCUGAGCAAUAUCACCACUGACCCUUUUCUGCAGAAACCUGGGGAGGAGGGAGCCUUUCGUGUCUCUGACGUACUAACUAUGCAGGUGCUCACUGCUUUCCUGUGAAAGAGAAAGAAGGAGGGAAAGGGCGAAAUAGUGCCCCAGCAGCUUGCUGGGAUCCGGAGCACCCCGACCCACACUGUGUGGACAUGAGGUGUCAGCAUCUGCCCCGGGGAGAUCCCAGGGUGGAAUCGCUUCUGGUGCUGCACAUCCCUUGCUGAGGAGGAGGCCUCGGAGGGGAUGCGCGUCUGUGUCUGUCUGUCUGUGCGUAGUACCCUAUCUGAGGGGAGGAGAACUGUCAACUCUGCGUGGCUUCUCUGCCCGUUUUAGUUAGCGGUGUCUCACCCAAAAUGUUAUUUGUGCGAUUUCCCAUGUGAGCUUUUCCCAGUGGAGGAGCAUCCCGGAGCGGGUGGCUCCAGGCUGCGUGUGUUGAUGUGUUUUGCCCAGGGACCCCGGUGUCAGUCUGCAAGGAGCCGGUAAGGCUUAGGCAGGAGCCCUUGCCCCGACAGCGGGGAGAGGUUCGCUUGACCUUCCUGGUAGGCGGACCCGGUCUACUCCAUGUCAAACUGUUGUCACUUUGAUUUCUCUGUAAGUUAUCUGACUUAUUUAUGUGGAACUCUGUUUCUCUGAAUUUUUUGCACUACGUGGGAUCGGGGAGGGGAUACAAGCAAUAGAAGCCAACAUGUACAAUAAAGAUGUUUUCUUGAAUACCGGA